UUACAAACAGGCCGGCCCGUUUGACUUCCUCUAUAUUGUAGCCGCCGCCACCAGGCUGCUAGGGUUUUCGGCACCGAGCUCGCGCCGCCGCCAUCGCACCCACCGAAGGAGGGAGAGGAACCCAAAGCUCGGCGCCAUGGUGAACGUGCCAAAAACUAAGAAGACUUACUGUAAGAACAAGGAAUGCAGGAAGCACACCCUACACAAGGUUACCCAGUACAAGAAAGGAAAGGAUAGCCUUUCUGCUCAGGGGAAGCGUCGUUAUGACCGCAAGCAGUCAGGAUAUGGUGGGCAGACAAAGCCUGUUUUUCACAAGAAGGCCAAGACAACAAAGAAGAUCGUUCUGAAGCUGCAGUGCCAGAGCUGCAAGCACUACUCUCAGCACCCGAUCAAGAGGUGCAAGCACUUUGAAAUCGGUGGAGACAAGAAGGGCAAGGGAACUUCACUCUUCUAAGAUGCUGAUAUUGCCCUGUUCCCCAAUUCUCUGCCAGGAGUUAGCAUUAAGAAUGUUCUUGUCUUGCCUUUCUAGUACAAGUUAUAUAUCCUCUUGUUUUCAGUCAGGUCUUUUUGAUACAUAACUACACUACUAGUAUGUAUGUGAUGACAAGUGAUUAUCGUUGUCACGAUCAUUUUGAUUUUCGGCGUUCCCUUAGGAUUGGCUGGAGAUGCUGUGUGAUUGCAACUUGUGAGUAGUCCAGUCAGCUUCUCUGCCCCAUUUCACUGGAUCAAAAGGAUGAAAACCUGUCAUACUGUAUUGUUCCAAUUCUUGGUUUUUGACUGAGUA